CGGAAAUAUCUUGCCAGUAAAAUUUUCUACCUGACAAUAACACCAUCAUGAUAUCUUCAAUGCUUUCCUUUACCGCGACUCGCGUUGCCGUUACAGGCUACAUUUCUGUUUCGUUAUUCAAAAGAACUGUCGUGCGCCAUACGGUUCAGCGCCUUUCCAAAGCGGAGACGAUCCAAGCUUACCUCCGAGUCGCAUCAACGACCUGCUCAUUAACGGUCGCUCUCGUUCUGGCCUGCCACGAAGCCACUCAAGAGAUUCUCGACAGCUUGAAUGACUCGAAUACUUCCGCUGGCAAUUUAGAUUCAGACACCGCUACCGCCGAUAUCCACACGACGCCCGACACCAUAGAUUGCCUAGCAUCUUGCUCGCAUCAAGAACCAUUGCACGAAGACUCGAAAGAAGAUCCAAUGGAACCACUAGAUCUAGCCUCGCCAUUGCAGCAGUAUUAUGUACCAAUAUUCCAGCCUACCGACUCAUCGCCUGUAAUCAAAUCGCGCGAACCAACUUUCGACACGCCCAUCACAUCUUCUACCCCUUCUACCCAUCUCGAUUUGUUCAAAUUCGACUCAAAACGCUUGUCCAUCAACUCGGAUACUAUUCUUGUAGCUCACAACGACGACUCAAUCCACUCGCAGCACAUCUUCCACGACGCCUCAGAUUUCAAAGACCUCAAGCCGCCUGCUGACGACGGCACUUUGUACGAACACGCCCCAAGGAACAGGAGCCAGUACGCACUAAUACCGCACACGAUAAACACGAAUACACCGUCGACAUCCUACUCCCGAGCACGAAAACGUCCAGUCCCGACGAUCAUCGUCCUUCUCGUUCGUCGAAGCUUCGACCACUCGUUUUAGUUGACAAGUACCGGACGACUCGGACGUCUACAAGUUCCAGCCUUUUUCUUCAUGUAUCUGCCCAUGCCAUGGACGUGAAGAUGGAGACACUCUCUCCGCAGUAACCAAUCCCCUACCUCCCAGCUGAAGCCUUGGAUACCGGUUGCGAAGCACGCCGCCAGUACCACUCUUCGAAGUCAGAGGUCCGGCACAAAGCAAAAGGUGCGGGAUCAUCACUAGC